UGAUUGUACCAUGAUGUUAGGGUGACGUCACGACGCCAUAUUUGUUGGUUAUGGUUAUAUGUAAUAUACUAAUAUAUUCCAUCCUUUUGAUGUAGAGAAAUUCGAAAAGGAAAUUGAAAUAAAGUAAUUACUAUUAUACGAGGAAAAGGUUUGAACUAAUUAUGCCUGGAAUUAUUUGUGCUGUUUCGACUUGCAAAGAAUAUCAUAAAUCUUUAAAAGAUCAAGGCCUCAAAUUACAUCCAUUUCCCAAAGACCCCACACUAAGAGAACGAUGGUACACAUUUUGCAAAAGACGUGGGAGAUGGAAUCCUAGUAAAAGUAGAAUAUGUUCUCACCAUUUCAAAAAUGAGGACUUUGUAAAAGGUACAUGCAAGGGAAAAUUGAAAAGAACUGCAAUUCCAACAAUUAGAUGCCCCAGUAUAAGUCAGCAUACAUCUGAUAUAUUAAGAAAAGUAAAUAAUGAGUACAUACAUAACUCAUUUAAAAAAAAUACCACAGUUAAGGAUCAAGAGAUCGAAACCAAUUUAAGCCUAUUAUCCAAACUUAGACGGAAUAAUUCGAAUAUCGAGAUUGAGUUUGAACAAAACACACCGGAACAUAGAUCUUAUAAACCUCGAUCUGUGAAAUCUAUAGUGCUUAAAGAUCUAAGUGUACCAGUAAUUAAAGUUGAUGCUUUGGAAGAAGAGUGUAAUAGAUUGAGUCAGGAAAAUAAGAAUAUUAAGGAGAAGUUAAAGAAAUUACAAGAACAGGCUGCUAGUUUACCGUCUCUAACGGAUACUACAGGAACAAAUAUACAACCAAAAUAUAUUAUAGAUUUGAGAGAUAUUAGAGACUUAUGCCGAACUUGUUUAUUAAAAUCUAAACAUCUAACGCCUAUUAACGACAAGAUUACUUUACCAAAUGCAGAAGCAACUGAGAUACUGAUAUCAAAAGCUCUCGAAUCGAUAUUGUCUACUCCACUUGCAGUCUCUGACAAUGUUCCGAAUCAAAUUUGUGAAACCUGCAAAAAUCAAAUAAUUUUCAUAGCUACAAUUCGUUAUGCCUUCGAAAAGGCUAAUUCGAUCUUACAGUUAUAUUCUACUGGUAAUCUAGAAAAACAAGCAAUCAACAAACAAAACACUAUUGAAAGAGAUAAUACUGAAAUCAAUAUUUUACCACAAUGCAAAGUAGAGGAGGAAGAUAUAUUUGAGGAAUAUAUAAAUGAUGUGCAGAGUCCCGAAGAAAUUGAUUGUGAAUUGGAAGACGGUGUCAAUGAAGAUCUGGUUUCAGAUGAUCCUCUUGAAUCUGACAAAAGCCUGAUGUAUGUGUCGAAGGUGGAACCACUGCUGCUACAAACAGAUAUUAGCAUCGAGGACCCUCCUAGUAGACCCAAGUCUCCAAGAUACUCAAAAACACGAAAAUUUAAAAGUCGUAUUAGCCACACAUGCCCCAUUUGCUACACAGUUCUACCUCUAGAUGACUUUAUUUCUCACAUCACCGGCCACAAGGCGCUGCAAAAGUACUUACGCGGUCCAAAGAACAUACGUAAAACUCUAUACCAAGCCUCCCCUCGUGCUGAUACAGGUUUGUUGGGGAGCGAGGGAGAAAUAUUGCAUAUCUGUUACAUCUGCCAGAAGCAGUUGAAAGCGGCUGAAUAUGUCAUUCACAUGAAUCAGCAUUUUGCUACUGAUCAUUUCAAUUGUGAUAAGUGUGGUAGAGUUUUCAAGAGAAAGAAGUUCCUACUGUCACAUAUGGUAGUUCAUAAUGAUGAUCCCCCUUACAAGUGUGCUACUUGCGGUAAAGGUUUUGUUAUCGAAAUAAACUACAAAUGCCAUUUGCUGACCCACAAAGACGAUGAACUGCCAUACACGUGUCCAGAAUGCGACAGGAAGUUUUCAAAUCCUACCCAUCUCAAACGUCACAUGACUAUCCACACAGAAAAUGUCAAUUAUUCGGACAAAUACAAAUAUAAAAGGUGCACAUAUUGCCACCAAAGCGUCAACACAUUAAAAAGCCUUAACAGUCAUGUCUGCAAGAACCCCGGUUUUUAUAGAUGUAAGUACUGUCAGAAGGUGUUUGAAACCUCGACAGCUCGGAUUAUACAUAUUAGUUCGCUUCACAAUUCCACUAAGAACACGCCCGCCUUUUGCAAGAAAUGUAACGUUACCGUUAUGGAUAUAAAUACCCAUAAGAGCUCGAAGCACCCUAGAAUAAAACAUCUGUGCACUGUAUGUGGGUCUUACGUUUGGAACAUUUAUGCGCACAUGCAUAGACACAAAGGAUCGAGAAACAAAGGCAAAGGAUCCCUCACCUAUCACUGUCCAGUUUGCCGUAAGCAGUUUUACCACCGUAACGUGCUGAACAAGCACGUCCUGAUCCACAGCAGUGAAAAACCAUUCAUGUGCAGCUUCUGUGCGCGGACGUUCAAUAACCAAUAUAAUCUACAGGUGCACGAGAGAGUCCACGUGGGAGAACGCAGUCACGUGUGUACGUUCUGCGACAAGGCUUUCCUAGAGAAGUCAUAUCUGAACAAGCACAUGAAGACACACAAAAAGGGAUCUUGUCAAAAUAAUUUUUACAGUCCUGGUCCUGACAUUUUGCAGGAUGAUGGGGAAUAGAUUUAAAAUAAAGUGGAUGUUAUUUUU